AUGCGUUGGGUUACCCAAAUCAAAUUCAAAAACAAAGAAACAAGAAAUGUUACUGGUUAUCUCAUGUACGACGAAGAUGAAGAUGGAAAUGGGGCAGAGCCGUCGAUGGCGGAGGAUGCCGAUUGGGAGCUGUCCAGUGAUUCAGCGAAAAACUGCAACAUACCAAAAAAAGCCUUUUUUCGUGGAGGAGGACGAAUCGAUCGUGAUUUGUUUUUUUCUUCCUUUGCAAUGGUGUCGACGACUACGACUGCGAGGGAACACGUGGAGGAGAUACGGAGGAAAAAGUUCUCAAUCGGUGGAGAACCGAAUCCGUUAACGGAGGAUCUUCAUCAGGCUGUUAAGAAUCUAUCUGCAGAGCUUUACACAAAGGACAUUCACUUUCUCAUGGAACUAAUCCAGGUCCCUGGAGUUAACCACCGUUUGUUUUUGGCUGUUAAACCCCUCACGUGCAUUGCACAUGAGGGCAUAAAUGUCUAUUUACUCGAGAGGAAACGGAUGAACCAAAUUCAUUGA